AUGAAGUUAUUACUGGUGCUGGGACUUCUCCAGCUAGCACACUGUCAGUUUUAUUACCAACAAGCUCGAAUUCCUCGACCUAUGAUGUAUCCAGUACGAACAAAUUGUCAAUAUGUGUGGUGUAGUCAAAAUCGCUACAGAUGGAAUUAUAGACCAUCAGAAUAUACUAAUCCCUGUACGUCUGGCACGCCACUGAUGAACGAGUUUGGCACUCCAAUUUCGUGCAAUUAUCUAAAUAUACCUAAUGGUGGAUGUCCCGAAGAUUACUGGUGCCAUAUCGGUGCCACCUUCGCAACCACGACAUGUUGCUCGAAAACCGAUAACGAAAAUCGCUGCGACAUGCGAAGGGACACUGGCGAAGGUAACGAGCUCGUAGCCAGAUGGUAUUACGACAGACAAGCCAAACAAUGCAGGCGUUUCUUAUACAAGGGAAUCCGCGGGAACGCGAACAACUUCGUCACCAAAACUCAGUGUGUUGACGCGUGCGAGACUGCCUCCAUGGAAGAUCGCGCGAAUCCCUGCCGAGUCGGUAGUCCGGCUAACCACAAGAACGGCUCAAGAAUUCUUUGUGGCCCAAAUGACUCCUCUACUUGCCCAAGGAAUUACUUUUGCCAUUUGGGAGAGAAUCCAGAGACUACCGCUUGUUGUGAAUCUAGCGGAUUGACCGAUCUAUGUCUUCUAGCAUUAAACAUGGGAGAAGGAAAAGCUCUUCUGAAAAGGUUUUACUACAAUACAUUCUCCAAGAAAUGCACAGAAUUCGUCUAUCGAGGCCUUAAAGGUAAUGAGAACAAUUUCCUCACAAUGGAGCAAUGCCAGGACGUUUGUCAAAAAUGGACCAACCCGUGCCCAGUCGAAAAUUUCGCGUCCAGAAGAGAAUGUACAGCAAAUGGGACAGAAUGUGGAACGAGUCAAUGGUGUCACAUCGGAUCAUCUGAAGCUACAACGGUUUGCUGUCCAGGGGCCGCACAAGAUCCAUGCUCACUUCCUGUCGAGACUGGUGAAGGCAACUCGGAAUUGUCUCGUUGGUACGCCGAUCCGAAUGACCGCUCCUGCUCGAUGCAGUGCAAGCCGUUCAUAUACAAAGGAAUCAAGGGAAAUCAAAACAACUUCUUGACGAAAACAGCAUGCGAGCGCAAGUGCAAACGCGAAUGCAAAUCACCUUGUGGAUCUGGAGAGAUGUUGAUGACACCACUACACGAGCCACGAAUGUGCAGUCCCACGUCACCAUGUCCUCAGUCGCAUUGGUGUCACGUUGGCAUCACGCCAGAGUUGACUGUUUGCUGUUCUACCAUGCCCAAUACAUGUGAGAUGCCGAUUAUGAAAGGCCAUGGCAACUCUUACCUUACGAGAUGGCAUUUCGACAAAGAACAGAAGAAAUGCAUCAAGUUCAUCUACAGCGGUGAAGGAGGAAACCAGAACAUGUUCCUCACUCAAGAUGAUUGUGAAGCAAUAUGCCCUGUGUAUGAGAACCCGUGCGGAAGUGGAAAACCUUUGCUUGUUGGCAAUGUGCCGAAAAUCUGCAAUCCUUCUCAACGUUGUCCAUCAACACAUUUCUGUCAUAUCGGUGUUGAUAGCGAGCAAAACUAUUGUUGCCCCAAAAACGGUGAUCCUUGCACUAAGGAUUUGGCUGUUGGCGAAGGCUCCUACUCGCUAACCAGGUACUACUUCGACAAGGAGACCCGAAGAUGUCGUGAAUUCAGCUACCAAGGCAGUAAGGGUAAUGCAAACAAUUUCCUGACCAUGGAAGACUGUGAGCUAGUAUGCCCAGUGCUACCAAAUCCCUGUAAGAUCGGAGAACCCUUGCUAAACGCACUCAACGAGCCAAUAAUCUGCGGCGGAGAAGAUUCUUGUAUUAACGGGUACUGGUGCCAUGUUGGAGGUAGUCCAGAAACAACAAACUGUUGUCCUGGAACUCGCCGACCAUGCGACUUGCCUCUUGAAACCGGUAAAGGAUCAGAAGCGCUUGAGCGAUGGUUCUUUGAUGGAGGAAUACAGAUGUGCCGAACUUUCACCUACAAAGGAUUGAAAGGAAACGCGAACAAUUUCUUGACCAAGCAAGCUUGUCGACAAGCAUGCAAAGAACUCAAUCCAUGUGGACAUGGCGAGCCUUUGAUUGGCACGGAUGAUGAAAGAGUGCUGUGUACUGGCGGACAAAAAAUAGACAGUUGUCCAAGCGGUUUUUACUGCCAUGUGGGAAGCACACCCGUUACAACACUAUGCUGCCCGAAAAAUAAAGUUGAUGUAUGCGAUCAACCUGUGCACCAAGGUACUGGUGGAGAAGACUUACCACGAUGGUUCUUCGAUAGAAAGCAGAAUAGAUGUGCUCCAUUCAAUUAUGGCGGAUUAGGUGGUAAUGAAAACAACUUCAUAAGUCAGUCAACAUGCAAUGAGGCGUGCCCAGUUUAUCGAAAUUAUUGUCCGCACGGAAUUCCGCUAGUAGAAAGCGGACAAGUGAAAGCUUGUGGAAUUGAUAGAGGAUGUCCAGAUGGGUUCAUUUGCCAUAUGAGCACCGAAUUCAAUGUCUCUAUCUGCUGUCAGGAUCCUGUAGAUUUUUGCUCGGCUCCACGAGACCCAGGACCAUGCACAGACUAUGAAACCCGUUACGGUUACAACCCAGCAACGGACACAUGCGUUGAAUACGAGUACGGUGGCUGUGAUGGAACUCUAAAUAAUUUCCGCUCACUCCAAAGGUGCACGGAAAUUUGCUGCAAAGAGUACAAAAGAAAACUCUAA